UUGGUUUCUCAGAAAGUUUCAAAAGUUCGUGAUUUUUUUUCCUCUUUAGAGGCAAUUCUCGGGUCACCGCAUUCUAUCCUGUCGCAAGAAAAUGAACAAGCUGCUGAUUCAGAUAGUGACAUUGAGAUCCUUAGCGAUAGAAGUUCGCCACCUCAACUUGGAGCAUCUCAAUCUCCUCCUCAACCUCUACUAUCAAGGGAUGAGCGGGAGAUGUAUGAUGGUGAACUGACGCUUGUAUCUGAAGGAGACAAUGUAGAUGAUGAUGAUGACUCUGACGAGGAUGAAGAAAGCGAGAGUGACAAUAAUCAAGUUGAAGAGCAAUCUGAUGAUAGCGUAGAAGAAAUGGAUGAUUCGGAGGAUGAUGAUGAUGAUGGUGCUGCAGCUGAUUCAGACAGCAGCAGUGAAUCGGAAAGUUCAGAUUCAAAUUCAUCAGAUAGUGAUGACGAUGACGAUGAUAACCAUUUAACUCCUGAUGAACUUCUCACUCAUAUGCAUGCAGAUCUAGAUUCUAUUGAGUUAGCACUGACUGAUUUGGAACAGAUUUUCGAAAAUAACCGACGUGAACUACUCGCUGAAGAAUCCCAUCAGGAUUCUGAGGAAGAGGAUGAUGAGCCUGACGACACUGUAAUCAGGUAA